UCCGGCUUUUUCCGCCGUUAUCCGUAAGUAUUCGGAAGCUGUUACGGAAAAUAUUGUCGUCUGUUAGCCUGACUUUGUCGGUAUAAAUUGUUAUAGCUCAAAGCCUAUGAAUUGUAGGCAACUUCACAUUGACAAAAAAAGAACUGAGAUUGUAAUUCGACAAAUUAAAACAAAUUUAUUGUUGAACUCAGAAACGCCGAAACCUAGAUCCAAGUUUCCAAGUUAGUUUAUUCAACAAAUUCUUAGUUUGUAUGUCGUUUAAAAUAACGCUAUGGAGGAUUUAGUGUUCAGUUCGCAUUAAAUAUACAAAUGCUUUUAAUUUUCAUUGCAAAAAAAUACUUAAAACAGCUAAUUUUCGUGUGUUUCCGUAAAAUAUAGUCUGUCAGUAAUUGAGUUUCAAAGCAUCCUUAAGGAAUAUAGCGAUGAUUAAUUUCCAGAUACCUAUAUUAUUUUUUUGCCGAACGAUCUGGAAACUUUUUUAUUGCCGCGGCGGUCCGGGUCCGAUACCCGACGCGGUCAUCUUUUUUUCUUCAUAUGGGAUUUUGUAAUAAUUUUGAAACAAAAAAAAUCAUUUUCUAUUAUUCAUAAUAUGACCAAACUUUAAUUUGAAAGAUAGCCUUGAUGAACUGAUAAUUCUGCUUCUUUCCGAACCUCCUUUGUAUAUAUUUAUAGGUUACUAGCUUUGUAUCGGGAAAUAUGCACGAGUUCUCAGCGGAAGGAGCGCAAUAUUCUUCCGCUGAAGAACGAGUGCAUAUUUCCUGAUGCAAAGAUAAUAACCUUUUUAUUACAUACACAUCUACACGUAUAAAUAUAAUGCAAAUAUCAUACAUUUGUUCAAUAGCCUGAAUAGGAUUGACAAUACUGGACUUAAUAGAAAAAAAAUAGUGCAAGAACAAACACUGAAUUACGUCACGCACCCGAUAUGAAAUUCAGGCGUCAGUGUAUGGAAAAAUAUUGACGUUUCCGGUUACAGUGUAACUUAACGGGGAAUAGAAACGAACGUGGGCUGUACUACGGAUGGCUAAAAAGCUAAGAGAUUUUACGGCAUGGAUUAAUCACACACUUCCAAAAUAAUGGCAGAACGUAAAGACAGUAGUGAGUCAAAAAUCUCGGAAACAAAAUUUCACAACUGGAUAAAAUCUGGCCUAGCUCUCAUGCACACAAGAAAUGGAAUUCAACCGUUUGUAAUUGAUGAAAUCACUGCUUUCCAACAGACAAUGUACAGCGGCAUUUUGACAUUAUUAGGUAUAGACACAGACUCCAAAUGUUCAGCAUGUACUACAAACGCUAUCAUCUGUGAUAAGGUAUUCGAAAAGUGCAGGCGUAGAUCGUGCACCUCGUUUCAUAGAGAAUGUCCAGAAAGAGGACUAUGUACGAAAGUGAAGGAGAAAAUAAUCAAAGCACACAGAUAUCAUGGAACCUCAUGGAUGAAUACUGACGCUAAGCUAUGGUGCAGUGAUCCUUGGCAAAUUGCCAAGUGCUACAUGCCGAGGGAAGGAUAUAGCACACAGAUGUCAGCAGAUGAAACCGACUUUAAUGGAAUUGUUAACAUCAUAUUGAAUAACGAAAACUUCGCGCAGAAACUUUCUGCAAAGCUUACAGAUAGUGAAAAUAUAUUCCGUAAGGCUCGAGCUGUUUCUAAAUUUGUCAGACAUUCAGCAUUGUUUGAAGCGACGACGAUGAAUUUCAAACCAGUCUCGACGUGUUGACAAAAGUUCUUCAAGAAAAAGAGAUUGCACAGUACCAAGACGCCCAAGAUGCAAUGCAAAAGUUGUCAGAGCUGAGGACAGCCAAAUGGUCAAUCUUCACUUCAAAGGAUGAUAAAUUUGCAGUUAUAAAAACUGCAUUUACUUCUGAAAAGGUGACACCACAGACAGAGCAAGAGAAAGAAAAAGUGGAAAUGUUAAAGAUUGCAAUUAAAGUCAUAGAAGCAAAUACGAGUUCAGAUGUACAGUCAGUAAUUUGGCAGCUGCAGAGCUCUUUUGACAAAUAUGAAGAUCAGAAACAAAAAAGGAAACGAAAAGAUAUAUGUAGAAGACUCAUAAAGUCAUAUCAGCUUGAAUGUUCAACGCUGCCGAUCUCUGCUCUGUUCGAAGAAGAGGAUGCCCCUCUGCUGCACUUUUAUGUGCAGCCUAUGAUGCAGCAAGUAGAAUACCAUAAAGUUCGAAAGCAAUAUAAGACUGUAAAAUCGUAUAAUGAUAUAUUUCACAAAGAUGGCCAACUUUGCAAAAAGAUCUACAUCACCGGAAAUGCUGGUACUGGAAAAACAGCCAUUUGUCAAAAGAUGGUUCUCUGUUGGUGCCAUGCACAAUCGGCAGGAAAAACAGAUGAAAAUUUCUCAGAGGAGGAUAUUAAUACAAUGAAGUUGUUUAAUUAUGUUUUCUUUGUAUCCCUUAGAGAUACAGAAAUGUGUCAUGUAGAAACUAUGAUACAGCAACAGCUCCUGUCUACUGAUAAAGCAGAGUUAAUUGACCAGAUCCUCGAAGACGAAAAAUGUCUGAUUAUUCUCGAUGGCUUAGAUGAAUGGUCUCAUCCAAAAUCAGCCACAUUUUGUCCAAUUGAUAAGAAAAUUCCACACAGAAAAACACGUGACAGCUGCAUUUAUUUAACCACAUCUAGACCAUGGAAGCUAGAGUCGAACAGAUUGAUUACAAGACAAAUAGAUCAACAAAUUGAAUUGAAAGGACUAGACAAGAGAGCGUCAGAUAAAUUGAUUGCAUUUGUUGUUGAUCAUCUUAACAAAAAGUACUUGAAAGAUAGAACACCAAGGGAGUUUCAAGAGGCUAUCGAGAAGAAGAAACAGGUUACAGGUGUUUCAGAAAUACCAGUCAUAAAGAUACAGUUAAUAAGUCUGUGGUUUCAGAAGACUGAUCUAAGUACACAUUUUUCCAGAUGUGAGAUAUAUGCUGAUACUGUAGAGAUGCUUUUGUCAAGAGCUAUUGAAAGAGAAGGAAGCCAAGCAGUAGCUAGCCGAAAUAGUGAAUCAGUCAAGCAAAUAAAUACAAAAACGUUUGAACAGGAAGCACCGAAUACUAUUUCAAGGUUAACUUUGUUAACAGAGUUUUGCGACCUUCUUUAUAAGAUUGGUCAUCUGGCUUUUGACAUGCUCUUUAGUACACCUGAUGGGGAAUCAUCACUUGUCUUUAAAAGAAACUUUGGCAAGAACUAUAACCUGUCCGAUAUCGAAAUUGACUUUUUACUGUUUGUAGGAAUCUUGUCGAAGAACAAAGUCAUUGGACCGCAACACGACCGAUUGAUUAAGCUGACGUUUCUCCACAAGAGCUACCAGGAGUUCUUUGCGGCACUGUAUAUAUCAAUGAACAAAGACAUUGAACGUAUCGAAAAAUGUAUAUUUUCUAAAUGUAAUUCACUAGCUGAAUUCCUUAGAUAUGAACAGAUGUUUGUUUUCCUUUCGGGUAUGAAUGUUAAAGUAAUGGAGGCCAUUUCGGAUGAUGUUUGUAACAUGGUGUCUGCCGAUAAAGAUGGAAAUUAAUCAUA